GGAAAAUGUAAUGGAAGAAGACACAUCGUGCCAGGAGAAUAUUGUCUUGGAAGUGACCAAUCAGGUCGAGGCGGAAACCUGGGCCUCAGACAUUUCAAACAACAACGCUGUCGAAUCUGUAGAACUGGAAGGGAAUAACGCCGACACAGAAAUGAGCGAUGGCGAGGUGCCACCAUCACAAACACAACUUGAAGACCACGAUGUAGAUAUGGGCCAGGACACAGAAAAUGAAGACAAAAAUGCGUUUAAAUCUGAUGAUCAAAAACUGCUGUGUUAUAUCUGUGAGGAGAUUGAGGCUGUUGUUGCAUUCAAACCUUGCGGCCACACAAUUGUAUGCAUAGAAUGUGCAGCUCAGUUGAAGAGAUGUUUGGAAUGUAAAACGCCUAUUACUGGUAAAGGAACGAGAGAUGGUAACCCAAUCAUCGGAAUUAACAACAAAUCCUUGGUCUUGGGAUAUCAGCAACUUGAAGCAAAGUUUCGGAAAUUGGAGGAAUCUGUUGUGUGUUGUAUUUGCGUGGAAAGGAAGAAGGACGUAAUUUUCCGCUGUGGUCACGGCGCAUGUCAGUUUUGUGCAGAGCAGCUGAGUGUCUGCCAUAUUUGCCAGAAGCCAAUUGAGAUGAAAAUACAAAUGUUUUGAUUCUGUGCUG